UUACUGUUGGAUAAACUUUUACAAAAAGGAUAUGGUCUUGGAAGUGGUAUUUCCUUAUUCAUUGCCACAAAUAUUUGUGAAACAAUUGUAUGAAAGGCCUUCUCAUCAGCAACUGUCAACACUGGACGAGGUACUGAAUUCGAAGGAGCAGUAAUAGCGUUAUUCCACCUGUUAGCUACUAGACAAGGCAAAGUUCGUGCUCUAAGAGAAGCAUUCUAUCGUCGAAAUCUUCCAAAUUUUAUGAAUUUAUUAGCAACAAUUUUAGUGUUUGCUAUUGUUAUAUACUUUCAAGGUUUCCGUGUCGAUUUACCUAUUAAAUCGACUAAAUAUUGUAGACAAUACAGUAGUUAUCCAAUCAAACUUUUCUAUACGAAUAAUAUUCCUAUCAUUCUUCAAUCAGCUUUAGUAUCGAAUCUCUACAUUAUAUCUCAAAUGUUGGUGGCUAAAUUUCAAGGCAAUUUAAUUGUUAAUCUAUUGGGAGUAUGGUCAGAUGUUGGUGGUGGUGACCCAGCAAGGUCUUACCCCGUUGGAGGUCUCUGCUAUUACUUAUCGCCGCCUGAAUCGGUAGGACAUAUUUUUCAAGAUCCUGUCCAUGCCCUCUUAUACAUUCUCUUCAUGCUGGGUUCUUGUGCGUUUUUCUCUAAAACUUGGAUUGAAGUUUCUGGUAGUUCAGCUAAAGACGUUGCUAAACAAUUGAAAGAUCAAAAAAUGGUAAUGAGAGGACAUCGUAACAAUUCAAUGAUUCAUGAAUUGGACCGUUACAUUCCUACUGCAGCAGCGUUUAGCGGACUUUGCAUUGGAGCCCUUUCGGUACUUGCUGACUUUCUUGGUGCGAUUGAAUCUGGUAUAGGAAUAUUACUUGCAGUGACAAUAAUUUAUCAAUACUUUGAAAUUUUUGUGAAAGAACAAAGUGAAAUGAGUGGUAUAAGUACGUUAUUAUUCUAA